CUCAACAAGAUGGCGGCGCCCAGGGCGUCCCUGCACCUGGUGGCCCCCAUAUGGAAUUUGGGUACCAGCGGUAUCCGUGGUCUGAGCAGUGCAGUGACCCCAGAGGGCAAUCAGAGGAAGGGGAGGAUGCUGCUCCAGCUCCUGACUGACCGCUUCUAUGAUGUGGAGGCUUUCAGGGAGUAUCUGUUCCAAAAGCAGGUGUCAAAAGUGCACAGGAAAAAUCGAUCCUUCACCGGCAUCAAGAACCGAUACGGCCCAUACGUCGCAGGAGCCUAUUUUGUCCUGAAGCAGGGAGGCGCAGUCAAAUUCCAAGGCAAAGAGUGGAUUCAGUCCACUGAGCAUGGCUACUCCCGUCUCCAGUUGUUGAAGCUCCAGGAAGUACCUAUAGAGGCGGUGGAUGCCAGUGACUGUGCCAUCAACUACGAAGGCCUGGACAACCUCCUGGCCCUGAAGGAGCUGCAAUCCCUGUCGCUGCAGCGCUGUCCCCAUGUGGAUGACUGGUGUCUCAGCCGCCUCCACCAGCUGGCCAGUUCUCUGCAGGAGCUCUCGCUGGCUGGUUGCCCCCGAAUCUCCGAAAGGGGCCUCGCCUGCCUCCAUCACCUCCAGAACCUCCGCAGGCUGGACAUCUCAGACCUACCCGCUGUGUCCAACCCAGGCCUCACGCAGAUCUUGGUGGAGGAGAUGCUGCCCAAGUGCGAGGUUCUGGGGGCUGAGUGGGCCCAGGGCCUGAAGUCCGGGCCGGAAGAGCAGUCUCGGGACACAGCCAGCCUCAUCCCUGCCUAGUCACAGCCCCUCCCCAUCCAGAUGGAUCUCAGCCAAGCUCUGUGGAGUCUGACAAUUCUACUUCUGGCUUCCAGUUGGGCUCACUCAUUGUGGGGCUUGGGGUGGGACGAGGGAUGUGGCACUGGCGGGUCAGGGGGAAGGAGAGCAUGUGGUCCCCACCUCAUGGACUGGCUACACUCUGGACUGAAGGUCACAACUCCUGUCAUCCGGUCAGGCAGCCUUUUCCACAUACUUCUAGUAACUUCCUGCCUGGCCAGGCCUGGGGCAGGUAAAGACUCUCGGUUGCAAGUAGCCCCAGGGAGCUGCAUUCUCUCUUGUGGCCUCCCCACUUUGCCCACUACUGUGUCGAGACUUCUCUAAUGAAUCUUUAAGUGUGCUGUUUCCUACCGCAACCCUACAAUAUAGGGGUGCUCCUGGCAUCCCAAAGGGAUGGUUAUUCCGUGUGGGACUAGCUUCACCGCAGGGUACAGCAUCCCUUGCCCACACUCACUAAAUGCCAGUAGCAUCCCAAGUC